CCCGCUCAGUGAGGGAGGGACACACAGCUGUCAGGGAGCCGCACAAGUUCCAGCGGAGUUGUGGAGCGCCCAGCCCGCUGCCCCUCAGCCGCUCCAGGGGAUGAGAAGGACGAUGUGUCAGUCACCUGUGCACACACAGCGGCAGCGGGGACACGGCUCCUGUCACAGAGGGGACCCACAGCUCCAGCACAAGUUUCUGUAACGCGUCCUCCUCACCACUGCAGGAAGUUUACUGGAGGCAACUUGUCAGUAAUCUAUGCGCUACAGUGCCGGCCGGGAGAGAGCAGCGACCGGGGAACAGGUGACCGCGCGCCCCCCGCACUACUUCUCCGCACAGGGAGCAUCCUCCAAGGACAAAAGUGCAUCUCAAGGGGGAAACGUACACAGGCUGCGGGGGAGGAGGAGAAGAGCCAGCCCCAAACCUGUGGAUAGCAACGGCCCGGGGGGAAGCCAUGGCCACGGCUGCUUCUAACCCCUACCUCCCCAGCAACAGCAUCCUGUCGCCAGGCUCCAUCGUGCACUCGGACUCGGGGGGAGGCGGGGGGAUGCAGCCCGGCAGCGCAGCUGUCACCUCGGUGUCGGGCGGUUACCGGGGGGAUCCCACGGUGAAGAUGGUGCAGAGCGACUUCAUGCAGGGAGCCAUGGCUGCCAGUAACGGGGGGCACAUGCUGAGCCACGCACACCAGUGGGUCACGGCGCUGCCACACGCGGCGGCGGCGGCAGCGGCGGCGGCGGCAGCGGCAGAGGCAGGUUCUCCUUGGUCGAGCAGCCCCGUGGGGAUGACCGGCAGCCCGCAGCAUCAGCAGCAGGACGUGAAGGGGGGAGCGGGGAGGGACGAACUGCAUCCGGGGGCCGCCCUGCAUCACCGACCGCCUCACCUAGGACCGCACCAAGGACACCCGGGAGGCUGGGGAGCCGCGGCCGCCUCUCACAUCCAGUCCAUGACGGGAGGGGCGCAGCAGCAGCAGCAACAGCAGCAGCAGCAGCAAGCACUCCUGUACUCCCAGUCCGGGGCAUUCACUGUGAACGGGAUGCUGAGCCCUCCCCCGGGGAGCCAGAGCCUCGUGCACCCCGGCCUGGUCAGGGGGGACACCCCCGAGCUCGGCGACCACCCCGGCCAUCACCACCAUCACCACCACCAGCAGCAGCAGCACCAGCACCACCAGCAGCAGCAGCAGCAGCAGCACCACGGGGUCAACAGCCAUGACCCCCACUCGGACGAGGACACCCCGACCUCGGAUGACCUAGAACAAUUUGCCAAACAGUUUAAGCAGCGCCGGAUAAAGCUGGGCUUCACCCAGGCGGACGUGGGCCUGGCCCUGGGCACCCUCUAUGGCAAUGUCUUCUCCCAGACCACCAUCUGCAGGUUUGAGGCGCUGCAGCUCAGCUUUAAGAACAUGUGCAAACUGAAGCCCCUGCUCAACAAGUGGCUGGAGGAGGCCGAUUCCUCCACGGGCAGCCCGACCAGCAUCGACAAGAUCGCAGCCCAAGGCAGGAAGAGGAAAAAGAGGACCUCCAUAGAGGUGAGCGUCAAGGGCGCCCUGGAGAGCCACUUCCUCAAGUGCCCCAAGCCCUCUGCCCAGGAGAUCACCAACCUGGCGGACAGUCUACAGCUGGAGAAGGAGGUGGUCAGGGUCUGGUUUUGCAACCGGCGGCAAAAAGAGAAGAGGAUGACCCCACCGGGCAUCCAGCAACAGACGCCAGAUGAUGUCUACUCCCAGGUGGGCAAUGUGGGGGCUGACACACCGCCCCCUCACCACGGGAUGCAGACUAGUGUGCAAUGACUGGAGUGGGCAUCCAGCAGCUGCCUGGCCAGUGAUGCCCCGGGAGGAACCCUCCACACACAGCCCCCCUCACCCAGACUGCUCUUUUUAUAUAAAUAAUGAGAUAUAUAGACCCACAGGGCAAACACUGGCACCGGGCGAGUACUAUGGCAUUGUGGCAGACGGGUGGACGUGUACAGUGCUGCCAGAACUGCAGAUAUUUCUUUUUAAUAUAUAUUAUAUUUUUAAUAUUGUUUUUAUUUGCCUUACGACUCGUUCCCAGUUUCACAGAAAAAAGACUAUAUAAAAAAAAAGAAAAAAAAAAAGAACCCUCUUGAUGCCACCCUAUGAUAUGUCCAGGCUGUGCCCACAUCCCUGACUGUGGUUUCCCUCCUUAACUUGUGAAGAAUAAUGUAGGGCCAAUUACUGGACUGCUGCUUGGAACUUGCAGCACCUCUUAGCCACCUACCCCACAGAUACCCUGCCAGGGACAAUGUGUUCUCUCACCCACCCAGCCAAUAAAUACGCACAUGGCACUACAGUGACUGUAAUAAAUGCAUUGGAAAUACAAACACGCAGGGUCCAAGAGAUGUUCUGCUUCCUGAACUUUAUGCCCAGUAGGCACCAGAGGAGAAUCAUUCCAAGAUGUCAAGAAGAAAUCCCUUUUUUCCCCCCUCUUUCCUGGCUCCUUCUUAAAGUUCCGACCACAAGUCCCGAGAUGUUCUGUUCUUUUCUAGGACUACAAGUAAACUCUAAUAAUACGGAUUUAAUCAUCUACCAAAACUGACCCCCUGUCUGUCCAAUUACCGUCACUACUCCUCUUCUGAGUCCGUUGCCAACCCCGAGGAUUAGAUCCACUCCUGCAGUUUCCAAGCAGUGUCUUUUUUGUUAGGUUGUGGUAAACAGACUGAUAAAAAAACAAAAAAACAAAAGGAAAAAAAAAAAAAGACAGCGCUAAAAUAAUAAGAAUAAGAAUACUAUUAGAUCCCUGGCUGAUCUACAGGAAAAUGUGCUUUAUAUUUUCAUCAAAUGACUCCUUUUAAUAUUUUAUUCAGAAAACCUAUAAACUGCUGCAGAACGGUAAUUUAUUUUCCCCCCAGAUCUUGUAUUAUUACGUGUUUGUUUUUUUAUUAUUAUUAUUUUAUUUGUGGGGUUUUUUUUGUUUAUUUUUUAUUUUUUUUGUUCUUUCUUUUUACCUUUUUUUUUUCCAGACGAGCACAAAUCACAAUGGAAGAGAAAAUACGGACAGGUGACAAUGGUCUUUUUUUUUUUUUUUUUACAAUUUAAUUUUUUUUUUUUUAUGUGAUCAUUUUGAUUGUAAUUUAAUUUUCGUAGUGGUUCCGUAAGAGAUGAUGGAGAAAAAAUAAAUUUGUUAGAAUGAGACAGAUCUGUGUGUGAUGUAUAACUGGAGAACCUCCUUCCAUUUCCAGAGGCUUUAGGAAAGCCUUUUUUUUUACAUUUCUGCCUGUCAUUGCUGUCUUCCAUAAUUUAAUCAAUGCCUUUUAAUUCAUAACAAUAAUAAUAAUGUGCCCGUGCGGAAGUUGGCAUCGAGGGUAUUGAUUUAUUGAUUCUUUAUCCAUGAGGAUUUUUUUUCCCCGUUCUAGAUAUUUGUGAAAACUCCCAUCAGUAGAAGCAUUUCAGCUAUUUAUUUUUUUUUUUUAGGGUAAAUGGAAUUAUGAUUAGUGUUAGUAACAAUGAAUUAUAUUGAUGAUGAUUAUGAUGGUGGUGGUGAUCAUAAUAAUACCAUGCUCAGGUUUGCAUUGUUUGCGUUAACCCUCACUCUGCCAUACAAAUCAUAUAAGUUCUGCAAAGAGGUUCUUAUUCCAUUCAUCGAUUGAGAUGGUGCCUGACUGAUUAACCCUUUUUUGUGCUGGUGUGUAGUGGAUUACAUUGCCCUGUGUUUAUGGUAGAGAUCCAGCGAGAUGUCCCUUUUCUGGUCUCCUCAUGGAUGUGGGGGAUCUUGUACACUGCAGCUCAUCACUGGGUAGUCUUUUCUUUUGUGCAUCCUCUCUGCCAGGCCUCUUGUCAUUGGCAUCCGGGGCAGAUCUCAUUGUUCUGAGCAGCUUUCUUUGAUCUCUCAGGGUGACAAUUCAUCUCCAUAGAGCUGGGCCCGACCCCCAGUCCUCCUACUGAUCCUGGUGCAGUGAAGUUAGUAACGUGGUGCCUAGUGUGUAUAUUGUGUAAAAGUAGGGCUAACCUCAGUGCACGAUCUCCCAGCAGCCAGGCUGCUCCCUAUUCACACAUGGACUCCAAUCCUAUUUUAUACACAUGAAGAAUAGAGGUUUGUAGAGCCAGGGAGUCGCUUGACAUGAAUGACUGUAGCAUGGCUGCCUUCUUGGCCUGACAUUGAGAGUGACACCAGCAUGCCUGGGAUGUGCCUAUGAAGGGCUGCACUGGGAGGCGAUUAUCUUCCCUUUUUAGUACCAUGGUUCCCGCAAUAAGGUCAGCCAAUCCUUUGUAUAAUGGAAAGAAGAUGGAUCUAAAGCUAUGUGGUGACUGUUUCUUGUAGCUCUUCCCAUUGUGAUCUUCUAUUAGACAAUAGAUUCCUUCUUCUGUUCCUGCUCCUCUGGCUGUGCCAGGUGCCUGGCAGUGUAGUGUAGGGCCAGGAAGCCGAUUAACCCCUCCUGCCCUAUGUAUAAAGACACUUUUUUUUUUUUUUUGUAUUAUUGAUGAUGGCUCUUAGUGAUCAUCAGUGGCCUAGGUGGUAUAUCUAGAUCUCCAUGAUGUGCUGUGAUAAGUCUCUCUCCUCUCACCCCUCCCCAUGCUAUGUCUCAUAAUAAUGAAUGAUUUGUAAUGACAACUGUAGAGAGUUCUCUACCAAAUAAUUGUCUGCAGUUUUACAACAAGUGUAACUUGAUUUCAUAUUACUUUUUUUCUACAUUUGUUUUGUUCCCUUUAAAUUAUAUAUUUGUAACCUAUUUAUCUUGUUAAAACAUUUUUUGGUUGUA